UUUUUUUUUUUUUCUUCCCCCUUUGCUGGUGGUUCGGACAUUUAAUGUAUUGAAUGAACUGGAAUUGCUUUCCGUGUGAGGAGGAUGGUUGCUGUUACUUUGUGAUGAGAUCGGGAAUGAAUUGCUCGGUUUAAAAAUGCUGCUUUGGAUUCUGUUGCUGGAGACGUCUCUUUGUUUUGCUGCUGGAAACGUUACAGGGGACGUUUGCAAAGAGAAGAUCUGUGCCUGCAACGAGAUAGAAGGGGAUUUGCACGUAGACUGUGAGAAAAAGGGAUUUACCAGCCUGCAACAUUUCACCGCCCCAACUUCCCAAUUUUAUCAUUUAUUCCUGCAUGGCAAUUCCCUGACUCGACUUUUCCCUAAUGAGUUUGCUAACUUUUACAAUGCGGUCAGUUUGCACAUGGAAAACAACGGUUUGCAUGAGAUUGUUCCUGGGGCUUUCCUUGGGCUGCAGCUGGUGAAACGCUUGCACAUAAACAACAACAAGAUCAAAUCGUUCAGGAAGCAGACUUUCCUGGGGCUGGACGAUCUGGAAUACCUCCAGGCAGAUUUUAAUCUGUUGCGGGAUAUUGACCCGGGAGCAUUUAGGGACUUAAACAAGCUAGAGGUGCUGAUUUUAAAUGACAAUCUCAUCAGCACCUUGCCCCCCAACGUGUUUCAGUAUGUGCCGAUCACCCACCUCGACCUCCGGGGAAACCGUCUUAAAACCUUGCCUUAUGAGGAGGUCCUGGAGCAGAUCCCAGGCAUUGCUGAAAUCCUGCUAGAGGAUAACCCCUGGGACUGCACUUGCGAUCUGCUGUCGUUGAAAGAAUGGCUGGAAAACAUACCUAAAAACGCUUUGAUCGGCAGAGUGAUUUGUGAAGCUCCCACUAGGUUGCAGGGCAAAGAUUUAAAUGAGACCACAGAGCAGGAGCUGUGUAAAAAGAACAGAGUAGAUUCCAGCCUAGCUGCUCCCCCUGCCGAAGAAGAAACCUGCGAUCCUGGUCCCAUUCCAACCCCCUUUAAAAUACAUGGCAAAGAAGACCCUGCCACACCAGGAUCUGCUCCAAACGGAGGUACAAAGAUUCCUGUCAACUGGCAAAUCAAGACCAAACCCACUGCUGCCGUGUCGACAGUGAGUGCGAAGAACAAGCUACCCUCUACCUUUUCCUGCCCGCACAUCUGCAGCUGUGAUCAGAUCCCUGGCUCAGGUUUAAAGGUUAAUUGCAAUGAUAGGAAUGUGAGCAGCUUGGUGGAUUUGAAGCCCAAGCCAUCCAAUGUGCAGGAGCUGUUUCUGAGAGACAACAAAAUACACACCAUCAGGAAAUCACACUUUCUGGAUUACAGAAAACUUAAUUUACUCGAUCUGGGCAACAACAACAUUGCCACCGUGGAGAACAACACCUUCAAGAACCUCUUUGAUCUCCGAUGGCUGUACAUGGAUAGCAACUACUUAGACACCCUGUCCCGGGAGAAAUUCGCUGGGCUGCAAAACCUGGAGUAUCUGAAUGUGGAGUUUAAUGGGAUCCAGAUGAUCAUGCCUGGCACCUUCAAUGCGAUGCCCAAACUGAGAGUCCUCAUCCUCAACAACAACCUGCUGAGGUCUCUCCCAGUAGACGUGUUUGCCGGGGUCUCACUUUCCAAGCUGAGCAUACACAACAAUUAUUUCAUGUACCUCCCGGUGGCAGGGGUGCUGGACCAGCUCACCUCCAUCACCCAGAUCGAUCUGCACGGCAACCCAUGGGACUGUACUUGCCCUAUCGUGCCUUUCAAACAGUGGGCGGAGAUGCUGCGCCCCAAGGUGAUUAUGAGUGACCUGAGGUGUGAGUCCCCUGAAGAUUUCUUCAAGGAGGAUUUCGAGUCUCUCUCCAACGACGUGAUUUGUCCUCAGUUAAAAAUCUCACCCACAUUAACUUCUACUAACAAAAACAGCACCGGGUUGACAGAGACAGGUACUCACUCCAACUCCUACUUGGAGACCAGCCGGGUCUCUAUUUCGGUGCUAGUGCCAGGGCUUCUGCUGGUUUUUGUGACCUCUGCCUUCACAGUGGUUGGCAUGCUGGUUUUCAUCCUGAGGAACAGAAAACGGUCCAAGAGGAGGGACGCCAACUCCUCUGCAUCUGAAAUCAACUCCUUGCAGACGGUCUGCGACUCGUCCUACUGGCACAACGGGCCCUACAGCGCCGACGGGGCCCACAGGGUGUACGACUGCGGCUCCCACUCCCUGUCGGACUGAGGCGGCGGGCGGGGCGGGGGCGGCCGCCACCC